AUCGUGCAAAGGAGGCAAUUAAAUAUACGAUUUGUCAUAGGUUGGGUCAAAGCUAUCUAACGGGUUGGGUCGACGGUUGGCUUUUUGCCGUGUCCUGUAACUAUGUGGUGUUGUGUCAUUAGUGCUGUAGAUCGGUGUUUGCUGUCGCUAUCGUAAUUGCCAUGGCUUGAAUGUAAUUUAUAAUCCAAUGAAUAAAAUGUUUCUGUUUGGUAAUUAGUGUCGUGAGGAAAGUUCAUUGACAUGCGACGUUUUUGUUAUAUUUAGGUGAAAAUAUCCACAUUUACUACAUGAAAUAGGCAUUGCAUUAAGCAAGUGAGAUAAAUCAUGUCAUGAACAUAGAUGGUGAGGCACAGUUGACUAAAUAGCCCUCUAAGAAGGUGUGUUUGGUUUGAUUUAGCCUAAGGAGUAACAGCUAGUUAUUUUUCAUUCAUGGCAGACUGACUGAGGUGAGCCAUGCAUUCAUUGGCUUGGUGUGUUAUUUAAAAGCAGCUGUGGUUUUAAAUGUCAGGCAAAUUUGGCUUGCAUUCUGUUAGGCCCUCUCGGAAUGGCUGUGCUUGGGGUGUCUUGAUUAUAUAUGCAAAUCUGCAGGCUGCAUUAUUGGUAUGUUCAAAUUAAUACCUUGAUGUGAAUAAAAAAUGUAAUUUAUCAUGUACCAAGUUAUCUGCACAGAAUUCUGGGGGAAAAUGAAAAUAUUCUGAUAAUGCUAAGUUUUGGAUUUUUUGCACUACUUGAAACAGCCAUGUGUGAAUGCUGUUGUCUACACUAUUGCAGUUUUGCUGGGAGUCUGCAUGCACCAUACUUCAACCAGACUGACAACAUUAGCAUUCCUAGGAAGUACUGUAGUUCUGUGGGUGUUUGUACCAACUGAGGCUUGGCCAUUUCAGAGAGAAAAAAAAAACACUCAAACUUGCAGGUCAUCUCCAUGUUAAAAAUGGAUGCAGAUUGCAGUGAUACUGCCAUUAUACCUAUCUUGCCUACAUGUUGUUUCAUAUGCAACUCAUCUGAGGCUGAAACAGAUGUGAACCAUUCCAUCAUUGAAGACACAGGCUCCUCACUGUCAGAGCUGGUGCAGCUGGUGCUGCCGGACAGCACAGACGAGCUGCAGCUGAUAUCGGCAGUGUGCGCCUCGUGCGUUGGCCUUCUGGCCGAGUAUGACCAGCUGCGGCUCGGCCAGGCGCGCCUCGCUGACCACGUGCGCAGCCAGUACGCCUCCAGCCAGCUGGCGCGCUCCUCGCUCGACGUCAUCAUAGAGAUGGGUGACAACCGGGUGACGGUGCCGUACGGUGUGUACCGCGAGCACCGCGCGGCCGGGCCGACGGACGCGCCCGCUCCUCUGCCGGCGGCCGACUCGCUCGACCUGGAGAUCCACGUGCAGGGCGGGCGGCUGUGCCACGUGUGCGACGCGAGCUUCGGCACGUUCGGCGAGCUGGCGCGCCACCUGCGCGCCGCGCACCAGCUGAGUAGCAGCGAGAUCCGCGCGUGCGGCGCCGCUUUCCGGCGCGCCGACAUGUGCCGCAAGCACGAGGCGACGCACCGCGCGCAGGUCAGCGCGCACCGCUGCGAGCUGUGUGGCAAGACGCUGUGCUACCGGCACGGCCUCAAACGUCACCUGCAGAGCCAGCACGGCCUGGCGGCUAAACACCCGGUCGUGGUGCGCGCUGCCGGCCCAGCCGCCGCCCGCACGCCCUGUGACCAGUGCGCCGAAGUGUUCGCCGACUACGGCAAGUACCUGUUCCACUGCCGAAGCGUGCACCUGCAGGAGCCGGACGUCGGCUUCGGCUGCGAGUCGUGCGGGCGCCGCUUCGAGAAGCGCUCCGAGCUGCGGCUGCACCGCGAGACGCACCAGGACACCAGCUACUCGUGCGUCACGUGCGACAAACACUUCAAGACGCGGCUCGCCUACCAGAAGCACGCGCGCGUGCACAGCGGCGGCGGCUGGCGCUGCGAGCACUGUAACAAGGUGUUUGACACGCGGCCCAAUCUGGCCACCCACCUGCAGACGCACUCGGCGCGGCGCGCGCACGCCUGCGCCGACUGCGGCGCCACCUUCAAGUUCGGUCAGACGCUGGCACGCCACCGCGCCGUGCGCCACUCGGGCGCCACGCCGCGCUACGUGUGCGACGUUUGCGGCAAGGCGUUCGCGAGGGCGCUGCUAGCGCUCGGCUCGAACGCCGCCGACGCUGGUCCGGUCGACGUCACGUUCGAGGUCGACCUGUGA